AUGGUUUCCCCCGAGAGUCCCAAAGAGGAACUUGGGUGGUCCUUUGCAGACAUUGAAAGAGACCCUCAAGACCUCGUCGCUAAUGGUUUUCGUCCCGUUUGGACAGACGAGGACGGCUACCCCGGUCCGCUUCCAGACGACAUCGCAGAAUGGAUCGAUCCCGCGGGAGAAAAUACGAUCAGGCUGGUUGGGCCAAUGUCAAGCCUGUUCUGGUUAGCAAAACUAGAUGACCUGGUCAACGCGAUUGACAGCCCGGACUAUACCAUACGCGACGAGGUUAUCUGCAUUCCCGUCAAUGCCUCUAUUCAAUCGAUGCUGCCCACGCUCUCCGAGAACGGAAAAAUCCCUGGCGCCAUCUACAGAAACUACUGCUACCCUCCUCCUGAGUUUUCCUUGGUCGCUUUCCCUCUGAGACAUAAUACUAUUCCAUCAUCUGUCACUGGUUCCAUCGCAUCCUACAGCCUCAGAGAUCUCUUCCCUUUCUCGCGACUUCACUGGCUCUUUGGGGGCAAUUUACUCUUCCGAGGCCUUUCCAGAUUGGCUCUACAUUCCGCAAUGGCUUGGUUUCUGCCCACAGUAAAUUCAAACCACGCAGACAACGAAUUUGGGCCUGGAAUAUACACAACGCCAUCUCUUGAGCUGGCUUUAAAGUACGCGGGUGUCCAAGGAGCUCUGAUGGUCUUCCAGAACCCUGAUUUCCGGACUUUGAAUGUUUGGGAACCGAGCCAAGAUGAUUGGACAACCAUCACCACUUAUUGGUCGGGGCGUACAUUAUCCAAUGUACAAGAGCGAGUUCCUCCUUGCUGGGAUACGGACGUGAUUAGAGGCGCAGUCUCUCAGGCUGGACGGGGAAGGGGUGCAUUUCGUGUCCCUGGUCCGCAUACACAGGUCGUUGGAGUCAGCAACGCGGCCUUGAUUGCCUUGGCGGCAUCUCUGAAAAUGAUCAUUUGGCUUGAGUAGCCAUUGCUUCUUUCUUCCAGGAUCCUGUUUUGACUCAUGUCUUUAUUUUCUUACCGGCGGGGUUGAGUAAAGGCUGUUAUAUGAAUUGCUAAGGCAAAUUGCACUUUUCGAAAGCCAAAAACAGGAGGUAAGGCUAAGCGCCUUAUUAUGUUUGCUAAUCCUUAUUAUUAAUAGAU